CCCCGUAACCCUAAAAAGUUCUAGAACAAAGAACGUCGCCAUCCCAAGCAGACUGUACCAUGACCCACGGUUCUAGAACAAAUCAGCCAGAGGAACCCUUUAAGGAAGAAAGGCACAGAUAGUACAGCCAGGGCAAACCUUAUCUGGGGUCGGCCACACGGGGCGUUUUACCCAGCUUCGUGGGCUCUUGCCACGCUCUUAUUCAUCUGGUAGCACAUGUCCUGAAAGCAAGGUUAUGGCAAACUAUGGUUAUAUAUAAAGUCAGCCGUGGUAGCAAUACAAUGUGCCCUGGAUUCUUUGAACUAUCAAAUCUUCCACUUCCUCCCUCCUCUCCUUCCAGACAAUACCCAGAAAAGAAUGACUGGACUGUACGAAACCUCCUUUUAUCAAACAGCAAAUACCCAUUUCACUCCAUCCGCACGCCGGGCCUCUUUAUCCGCCCCGCCCUACCACGUCGCCAUGCUCUCAUGCGACAAACUCAGCCAAGAAGCAGAGAACAAAGAACCAGAUCUCCGCCGCUGUAUCGGCCACGGCCGCCUCAUGAACCUGACCGUCGGCAUGGCCCACGAGGACGCCAAAAACGCCCUCACGUCAACAUAUAUCGACGAGAUUGAUCCCGAGAAAGAUGUAGAUCUGGAUGAUACGCCGUUGGUUACGACUUCCGCCUACCCUAAGAGGAAUUUCCUAUCCGCGAUUCGACAGUAUAUUCGGAGAUUCUUUAGAUCGCUAGUCAAGCAUCGCCGGAGUGGUCGGAGUGGUCGGAGUGCACACUAUUAGGUGAGAGAGGGUUUGGAUUGUUUGCAUUUUGGCUUGACCGGGUCUUCCUGAGGGGAGCUGGUAUCCUUCUCUUCUUACUUUUUUUUAUUGCGGUUCUUACGGCGUUUAGCGGGGGUUAUGCUCUUUGAAAGUGUGCCACAAUUUUUCUUCGGGACCUACGCUGUGCGGGAGCGGGUUCGCAAGGAACCAAACUAUAGAUUGCAACCGCGUCAUCCGGCUGGUUCUUGGACAGCACGUUGAUGUAAAUGAUACCGCAUGUCAAUUUCUGUAUAUAUAUAUCAUACUUUGUUUUCGGAAAUUUACACUGAUACAAUUAUUUCAUUAUCUUCUGUCAUAAUUUGAAGAUCGAGACCCAAUUCAAGCGGUAGGUUCU